GGGGGCGUGGCUAUGUACAACUCUGUGUGGCUGUACUUCGCAGAUGGGCGUGGUCCACGCGAACACGCAGCCAACGAGCGGCGUACCCGGGAGAGCCUUGGCCGGCAAAAAGCGAGAUGCGAAGGUUUCGAGCAGGGGAGCUGCGAGUUCGCGUCGGUGAGCGGUGACUUGAGAGGCUCGCGGCUGCCUUGUUAGUAGAAGAGCGCGGUUUAGUAGUCGGAGAAAGUCCUGGAGGAAAAAAAAAAAAAGUUACUCGGCGACAAGUGUCACGAAUAGCGGCGGCGAGAGAAUGGACACCGCGACACCUGCUGCUUCGCCCUUUUGAGCGGGCUGGGUGAGCAGUUGAGAAGCAGCGGGCGAUGCCGCUGCGUCCGUCUACCUGAACGCCGAAGGGCAUCGCGUGUCAGCGCCGGGAAGGAGUGCGCAGGAGGACCGAGACGAGUGCAGAUGGCCGCCUCAAAACGAGCUGACGAAUCGGCUCGGCAGCGGGCCUUUCCUACUCUUUUCUUCAAAGUUCUCCAUUAGCUGGACAGCACGAGCCGCGGAGUGGCGUUCAUGUAAGAUUUGAAUUUAUUUAUUUUCUACAUUUGUAAUCCUUGGACAUUUCCAAAGCCCCGGGAGUGUUCUUCGUGUUAAGAUUUUAGAGAUCGCUUAGACCUGAUGGAAGUUUUAAAAACUCUGACGUUGUGCGUCAUGCCCUGCCUAGCAGGUGCAGUUUAUUACGUGGAUUAAUUCCAAGAAGAGCCCUUCUGCACCUUGUUGUCCUUUUCCUUCUCCUCCUUCCCCUCACCCGCAACAAAUGGAGUUGUAAACGGCGGACUGUAAAGUGGAUUAUGUGGCGUCCAUCAGUGCCUAAAGUCCAGAUUAGCCAAUGACAAGGAGAGCAUCAUGGAGCAGCCCACUAAAAACAUUUUAUCCCGAAUGCUCCUCCAGGUUGCCCUCCUGGCCCUUGCAAGGAUACCCAGAUAUGGACAGGCAGCCUCCAAGGACAUCGUGUGCCAGGAGAUCACAGUGCCCAUGUGCAAAGGGAUUGUGUACAACCAAACCUACAUGCCUAAUCAGUUCAACCACGACACCCAAGAUGAAGCUGGGCUGGAGGUUCACCAGUUCUGGCCCCUGGUUGAAAUCCAAUGUUCUCCAGACCUUCGCUUCUUCCUCUGCAGCAUGUACACCCCCAUCUGCCUGGCCGACUACAUGAAACCCUUGCCACCUUGCCGGUCGGUCUGUGAGCGUGCCAAGACUGGCUGCUCCCCUCUAAUGAGACAGUAUGGCUUUGCCUGGCCGGAGAGAAUGAGCUGCGAAAAGUUGCCCGUGUUGGGUGACCCCGACAAUCUCUGCAUGGACUACAACCACUCGGAGGCCACCACCCUGACUCCGCCGUUCCCCAAACCUACCCACGCUUCCAAGGCGUUCUCAAAGAGGCCCAGGGCCGAGUGCCACAGCGAGUGUCGGUGCAAGGAGCCAAUGGUUCAGAUAAAGAAAGAGAGCCACCCCCUGUACAACAGGAUCAGGACGGGCCAGGUGGUCAACUGCGCCGUUCCGUGCUACGAGCCCUACUUCACUCAAGACGAGCGCACCUUUGCCACCUUCUGGAUCGGCCUGUGGUCCAUCUUGUGUUUCAUCUCCACGUUCACCACCGUGGCCACUUUCCUGAUCGACAUGGAGAGGUUCAAGUACCCGGAGCGCCCCAUCAUCUUCUUGUCGACCUGCUACUUGUUUGUUUCCAUUGGGUACAUCGUGCGCCUCAUCGCUGGCCAUGCCAGUGUGGCCUGCAACAAAGACUAUCAUCACGUCCACUAUGACACCACGGGGCCGGCCCUGUGCACCAUCGUUUUCCUGCUUAUUUACUUCUUUGGCAUGGCCAGCUCCAUUUGGUGGGUCAUUUUGUCGUUCACAUGGUUCUUGGCGGCUGGCAUGAAGUGGGGCAACGAGGCUAUCGCCAGCUACUCGCAGUACUUCCACAUGGCAUCCUGGCUGAUCCCCAGUGUGAAGUCCAUAGCUGUUUUAGCUCUCAGCUCUGUGGAUGGAGACCCAGUGGCUGGCAUUUGCUACGUGGGCAACCAGAAUCUUGACAACCUGAGGGGCUUUGUCUUGGCACCCUUGGUGGUGUACCUGUUCACUGGGACCAUGUUUCUCCUGGCGGGCUUUGUCUCUCUCUUCCGUAUCCGGAGUGUAAUCAAGCAAGGAGGCACCAAGACUGACAAGCUGGAGAAGCUCAUGAUAAGGAUUGGCAUCUUCACCGUGCUCUACACCGUCCCUGCCACCAUCGUGGUGGCCUGUUACAUCUACGAGCAGCAUUACCGAGAGAGCUGGCAGCGCUCCCUCAGCUGCUCCUGUCCGGACAAUCAGCAGCCGGGACCGGACUACGCCGUCUUCAUGCUCAAGUACUUCAUGUGCCUUGUGGUGGGCAUCACGUCGGGGGUUUGGAUUUGGUCUGGAAAGACCCUCGAGUCUUGGAAACGCUUUACGAGCCGCUGCUGCAGGGACAGGAAGCCCACCAAUGCCUCCAUGUACAGUGAAGCCAGCAGCGCCCUGACGGCAAGGACAGGGGUGGCCAGUUCGGGGUCCUACCUUAAGCAAGUGCCCCUCUCUCACGUCUGAAUGGCCCUGUGAGGGGGGACCGGGAUUUGUGUGACAAUUAGGUGACAAACUUCAAAGUAAAGUUAAAUCUGUGGAGUGAGCCAAGGGGUCAUAACUGGCGAGAAGGACUGGGGGUCGGGAGGGGGGCACUGAACAGAGGAUAUGAAGGGGGGGGGGCAUGGAAACAGUUCUGUUGGGAGUUGUCCCACCACCCCUGGGUAGAAUGAUGGGCCUCGCCAGGCCAGCACGCUGUCUGUCACCGGGUCGGCCCGCACACGCUUUCUACAUCGGACGGAAGUCUGGCGAGGAGGAAAUCCUGUUGGGGGUCUUCUGGCUUCACUCCUCACACAGCAAGGCGACCUGUUAAAACAGAAUUAAAAAGAAAUGGCCUCUAGAAGACUCCUUGGCGCUGCCCUGGAAUAUCCAGAACAAUCGGGGGGCUUCAGGCUGAUCGCCAAUGGCCGCGCUGGGGGUCAGUCGGGUUCGCCAUCAGGCCUCUGGUCAGAGUCCUCAUUUUAUGACUUUUUAAAUAAUUUGAAUGUUGACAAAAGACCCUUAGAAGUUUAAAAAAAAA